AUGACACACUCAGAAUUCAGUCCCAUUUUCAUCUUCCUCCUUCUCUUUGUUUCUUAUCAUCGUCACUACGGUACUGCAGAAGCUCAACCAGUAAAGCAUCCAUCGUGUCUUUACGGAUCUCCAACAACAAUAUGGGAUGUUCCGCCGCUUGGUGUAAUUGUUGGAGCCGCCAUUGCAACAGUUCUCUUAAUUUUCAUCUUCUUGUUGUUCCUGCGCCACUACUUAUAUUCGGAUUCAUCAAAAUGCGAAGCUGCCAUUGGUAUUAAGCCUCAACUUCUCAAAACUUUUCCAAUCUUAUUGUACUCUUCAGUCAUCAAACAUGUUAAGGAAGGUGAUGAAGGUACUCUACCAUGUGCUGUGUGUCUCUCUGACUUCAAUGACAAUGAUAGCGUUCGUGUGUUACCUCGAUGUGAUCAUUUCUUUCAUCCUCCAUGUAUUGAUGCUUGGCUUUCUACUCAUGCCACUUGUCCUGUUUGUCGUAACAACCUCAACGGUGGCCGUGGAAUUGAAUCGGUGUAA